UGAAAGCGAUUAUCGUAAUCUGAAGUAGCCAACUACUAAUAGUGGUUGGGUUGUCUGGGGGAGAUUUUGUUCAGUUGGUUGUUUUUUGGAAAGCAGGGUAGGGCAGCCAAGUCAGACUGUGCCGUUGGCCAGAAUUAUAAUUAAGCCGUGAAUUUAAAGUUGCCACUGGCAUAAGGGAAGUAGUUGCCGUCUCUUUGGUGUCUGCAGAGACAGUAUUGCCUAAGGCAUUCGAAGUAAAACUGGCAAGUUUGUGACAUCUAGUCACAAUGGGAUUCUUGAUAGCCAGAACACAGAACAGUACUAGUGUAGUGCAGAAGUUCAGAACAGAGGAUACUGCAGUUUUCUGUGCGAAACAGUAAAGGCUACUUAAGAUAUUUAUUUUAAUAAUUGAAAAUUUAACACUUAAGUCUACAGCAGAGUAAACAAGUUACUGCUCAUUUUUGCAAAGUCAACUUUCAUCCAGGUGUAACCGACUAAGUUUUAUUUAGUAUUGCUUCCUUUUCUAAAAGAAACACUAAAAUUUCUCCAGGGCUUCCGAUAGUUUCUCACAGCGUCCUUGUAGAGAAACUGAUGUGUUACAGUCUAGACAGGUGGUCUGUGUGGUUGGUGGGGAACUGACUGAGAGGCUGCACCCAGAAGGUGUGGUAAAUAGCUCCUUUUCAAACUGGCAAUCUGUCACCUGUGGGGUCCCCCCGGGGAUCAAUGAUGGGCUCAACACUUUCAUAUUUUCCUCAGUGAUCUGGAUGAUGGGAUCAAGUGUACCCUGAUGAAGUUUGCCAUUGAUACCGAGCUGAGUGGGGACCAGUGGACACUUCAGAAGGGAGAGCCACCCUGCAGGAACACCUGGAUAGGCUGGAAGCGUGAGCUAACAGGAACCUUUUGAAGUUCAACAAGGACAAGUUGUAAGGUCUUGCACCUGGGAAAACAUAAUCCAGUAGUGUGGCAUAGGCAGGGAGCUCUGUGGAAAGGGAUCUGGGGGGGUCCUGGUGGACAACAAGCUCAACAUGAGUGAACAGUGCGCUGCUGCGGCAAAGAAAGCCAACAGGAUGCUGGGUUGUAUCAACAAAGUCAUCACCAGCAGGGGUGAAGUCAUUACCCCACUCUGCUCAGUGCUGGUCAGGUCACGCCUGGAAUGCUGUGUUCAGUUUUGGUCCCCACUAUACAAGAAAGAUGUGGACAGACUGGAGAGGGUCCAGAGAAGGGCCACAGAGAUGGUCAAAGGACUGGAAAGCGUGCCAGAUGAGGAAAGGCUGAGAGAACUGGGUUUGCUCUGCCUUGAGAAAAGAAAGCUUAAGGGGAGACCUUACUACCACGUUCCAGUAUUUAAAGGGUGGCUACAGAGAAGCUGGAGACUUCCUUUUUACAAGGAGUCACAUGGAAAAGAUGAUGGAUAAUGGGUACAAGUUACAGAAAAGGAGAUUUCUUCACAACGAGAACAAUAAGCCAUUGGAAUAAUCUCCCUAGGAAGUGGUGGAUUCCCCAACAUUGGACACUUCUUAAGAUGUGGUUGGACAAGGUGCUGGGCCAUCUUGUCUAGACUGUGCUUUUGCAAAGAAAGGUUGGACCAGAUGGUCCUUGAGUUCCCUUCUAACCUGGUAUUCUGUGAUUAAAAGAUAACCUUUAAUCAUCCCUUGUUUCAGUAACUAGGUUACCAGAUUACAGCAAACUGUUAUUAGAGGAUUGCAGUGGGGGAAGCAGGGACAAAAAGAACGCUAUUUGCCAAAUAACUUUAACAGCUAAUAAAGAGACAUGGCUUCUGGUUGAAGAAAAUGAAGCACUGGUGUUCUAGGCCCUAGAGCAAUGCCCGUAGUAGCACAGCUAGAAACAAUUUAAAGGGGUGUAAAACACUGACAGGGUGAGAGCACACAGGAAUCGGCAUCCCACUACUUAAACUGACAUUACAAAAAAGGGCUAGCGUAGUUACACAUCUUAAAUUUUUUUUAACUGAAGUACGCAAGCAGAAGUAUGUUAACAUGAUUGUACUACCGGAGUGUAUUUUAAGUCUCAGUCAUAAAUAUCAAAGCUACGUAAACUAAAAUCAACAUAACAGCAUGAUUUAGAUUUGGGGAAAAUGCAGGUAGUGUGUGAAAUGCAGCUUCUGGGACAUUUGAUUCAUGUAAAAUGGUUAAAUUGAGUCAGAUGUUACAGUCUGUACCAUGAAAAGCACAUCAUAUACUUCUGAGUCUGCACCUUAAUCUGGUAGCGGGUUGUUUAGAUUUAUUUGGAAUUAGUUGCAUAACAGCCAUAAUCAAAUUACUUUGUCAUUUAAAAAUAAGUUUACUUAUGAGUCCUGUCCCACUUUAACAUAUGUGGAGCAGCGUAGACUAUUUACAGUCAUUAACUAAUGAGCUUUUGGUAUGUCCCUUGUGCAAGACAAUCCACAUUCCCACACUGGAAAUUGCUUUACAAUUGCAAAAGCACAGCUAAAUCCAAUGGAUGUCUCUCCAGAGCCUGAACAUAUAUGCCCGCUAUUGACUAAAAUAAGCAAAGAUGUUUAAAAACAAAACCCUCAACAGCUAUGUCUUACUGUGUCUGCCUUAAUAUGGAAGAACUGAUGAAUGUGAUUAAUUGCUUCUUGAUUUAAGCUACAUCUGUCAACUCUGAAAGCACUUGUUCUGAAGGUUUUCUCAAGCCAGACCAAAUGUUUAAUUUGCUCAUGGUACAGAGAGAGACAUUGGUUUUUAACAUCAAACUUCCUCCUGGCUUCUGCUGUCCUGGGCACUGUAAUGGAAGCUAAAACCAUUUCACUGAAGAAAUGUAUACAACUGCUUGCAACUUUGGGAUUUAAUUUAGCCUUUUUUCCUUUGGUUUUUGUUUGCUUGGUUUUUAUAGAGACGCAAAGAAUAAAAAUAGGUGCGUUUCUUCAUUUGCUGUACACAUAGCUGAAGUACCUCACAAACACAGAGGGUCGUCAGAUUAUUUUAUUUUUACAUUUGUUUUUUUCGUAGAUCAAGUAAGAAACCAUAAGUGUUUUCUUUUUUUAUGUUUAAAUAAGAGAGUUACACAGCUUUCCUAGUUCUGGGUGAAAAAUCAUCAAACGGUUGCAAAAAUAAAACCACAAACGAAACAAGACAAACAUAGUUUUCUAUUAUUACUGCAUAGUCUAGUUCUGUGAAGAGUAGCCUCUGUAUUUUAGCUUCCAGCAGAUUUUUACUUUUAAUGUAAAUACAAAGAGUUAAUCCAGUUUAUUCUGAACGGGAUCAAAUAAGAUGUUAGAGGAAAGACAAAGCAUUUGUUUGGGUGUUGGCAUUUAAAGGCAAAAAGAAGUCAGUUUGCAAAAAAAUUUUACACCUCUGCACUUUAAGAAAGCCAUGACUGAAGCUUCCUCUUCAGAGGAAGAAAGAAUGGCAUCUCCUGUGUCAAAAAGCAAAAUGUUGGCAGCUAGUGAGGACAGGACAAUCCAGGAAAGGAAUUUGAUUCUGUCAAAAUCAAGCAGUAGUUCUGGGACACACAUGCAAGUGAGUUUGCAUUAGAGUCGCAAGUGAAGGCCUCGCUUAGAAGCAAAAACUCCAGCACCCACAGGUGGUCUGUAAAAUAUCUGCCAGGAAAGCAGCAAGAGUAAAUAGAAGACUGAAGCUGGAGCAAGCAGGCAUGACCGAGAGUGGACUGACAGGCAGCAGCUGAGAGCUUUAGGCAGGCACCACAACCAACAGCAAAAUAGGCCUCCCUCCCGGCACAAACACCUGUCCCCACCGUCACACGGCCAGCUCUUUGGGCUGCGGGUGGAAGGAGAAAGAAAGAAAUGCAAACAGAAAGCUCAAAAGCUUGGACUUCACCGUAGUGGCAAGAGCAGGCAAAUGACUUGCAUAUGUCACAGAUUGUCAGAUGGACUUUCUUUUCCUCUUGGAGUUCCAGAAGUGUUGGUGAGAAAGUCACACCCAACCCCUCCAAGCAGCAAAACCUCUCAUCCUUUGCACCAGAAGAACAAGAUGAGCCAGAAAGAGUAAUGCUCAAUCAAAGCGGUGGCAGAAACCACAAUUUGCCUUGGGAAGAAAACUCCAAAUAUUUAUGCAUUUUAUAAGAAACUGCCUUUGUUAAAAUGUCUGGAAACACAGCAUACCAAUUGGACAAAUACUUGAAGCAGGCAGACCACGCAGUUCUUCCAAGACUGCCACCCAGUUUUUCAGAGCAUGAUAACUUGCAGUAUCAAAGAUUUUAAAGGUCUUGUGUAGCUAAAUCUGCUCCCACACUCUGUUACUUAGAAAAGAGGACAAUAAUUAUAAAGGAGUUAGUCUGUUUACAUACUCAGAAGCACUGUGCUCAGCACAUUUUCUGAUCUACAGUGAAUCAGCUCCGAAUUACAUUAAUUAUAUAUGGGACAAUCUCAGUCUAAUUUGUUUUGCAAAGUUUUUUCUCCUAGCUCAAGGGUUAUGCAUAAGCAAUAGCAGAACCCCAGUAGUGAGGUUGUCUCUGCUGAGUAUUCUGUAUUUAAGGUAACUCCAGUCAUAAGGCUUGCUUAAGGUUUUCCGCGGUUAGUCUUGACUUUCUUUUAGACUUGCUAAGCUUUCUCUGUUAGACAGAUACCCAAUGUAGAGAAAAAAAUCAUCCUUAGACUUUUCCCUCUUUAUAUUUCAAUGAAAAUGUUUCAUUAAGAAAGAGAAACACAAAAAAAUUUAUUUUCUCUGUAGUAAAAAAAGAAAAAAGGUGACAAGCACUGAGUUGUAGCAAAGUGCUGAAGUGCUGUCUUGUUCUUAAAGCAGAACUUUAAUUCAGGUACCUGGAGGCAUUUGGAUUAGACAUGGCCUUUUCUCAGGCUACACCCACCAUCUGAAUUACACCAGUAUUCAAACCUUUGAGUAGUUACAUAUAAUUUGCAUCAACUUAGUUCCCAAAAUGCUACACCUGCAUUCCUACAAGAGGUGUACAUGCACCAUCCCCUGAGAGCUGGAAACGGUUCUUUUUAAGAUACCCAUAUCCAGCUGCAGAAGGUGGCCUUCUGCACGACCCAGGUGGGAAAAAGCAGAAGCGACUGGAUGGAGAGGGGAAAACAGGGGAGGGGGAGGAACAGGAAAAUGGGAAAGGGAGGAGGGGAAAAAGAAAAAAGGAAGAGCAGGAGCCAGAGUGUCAGGAUAUGUCAAAGGAAAGAGAAGUACAACAGAAUGGGAAGACAGCCGAGAGUGGCAGGCUGUGAAGAUCUAGCAAGUGCAGCGUGCUCCUCUCUGACCUCCCUGCUCCCUGCGUUGAGCGUUCCUUUGCUGUCCUCUGAAACCAGCCAAACCGUGCCUCCCCGCUGCAGCAGCCUGCUGGUUAGUAACUGCUGUUACCACAUUGUUUCAAAUUACGCUGAGAGACAUUAAAUCUAAACUGAUCCUCUAAGAAAAGAGUAUUGACAUUAAAAAUACAUGUUAUCCCAAGCAACCGUUCUUCAAAGCAAGGUAAGUUACAUUAAAAGCAUACUAAGGUUGUGAAGCAUCCGGAAGCAAACAAGCAUGGCAGCCAUUCACGUCCCUUCCUUUUUGGAUGUGAUACGGUCUCUUUGUGUGAUCCCCAGAUUCCUUUUAUCGAGAUCCCUUGUUUCACUCACUGCACAGCGACAGGCUGCGUUCUUGUGACGAAUGGGGACGGCAUAACAGAAGAGAAAGGCGGCUGCUCUGUUCCAGCUCUCAAGACGGUAAAUAAGCUAACGCCUCGCAAGGGAAUGGUUGCUGUUACAGACCAGGCAGAUCUAGGCACCCACUGGGACAACUGAAUUCUCACCCCUUUUCCUGGCAGGUGCUGCACAGGCAACCCAGUAGGCUGUGUUGUUUGGCCAGUACCCAGUUUGGGAUACCACUGGUUGCAUUUUGGAAGUACUGAUCACAAUGGCAGUCAAGACAGAGGGAGCUAUGCUGCAGGAAUAUAAAGUACUGUAAAAUGUAUCUUAAUUUUUUUAAUCUCAGUUCAGGCACUCGAAAUUAUCCAGCAAUCUUGGUUUCAAAUUCUGUACCCCAGAGCUCCAUAUGUAACACAAGCACGAUAUCCUCUAUCUUUCUAGAUACCAGGAAGAUUACAACAUAAACUAAUCCAAAAAGAGGUCUACAGCCCUCCGACCAAGUUAAUUUAGUCCGAUACCAGCAUGCCUUCAAGGAUCGUGGAAUUAAGUAAUACAAGGAGAACACCACAGGAAAACCGAUAAGAAAAUGAAUCGUCUCAGUGCAAGGUUUGGAUGGUUCACAAAAUAAGCAGGGCUCAGGGCUACACGUGGGAGCUGAGCGUUAACCCCCCCCCACUGGCUGAGGCAGAGACACUGCGAAAGGGCCAGCGUGGGGGAAAAAAAAAAGAGAGAUGUGACUGUGAUUAAGAGCCCUGUGUGUACAGGGCAGCAGGUGACAUACAGGCACUUCCUGUAAUCCUAGUGUUUUCUUAUUUUGCAGUGCUGGAAUGCACAAGCUAGGCAUUUGAUUUUUUAAACUCGGGUCUGGGUAUCGGUUGACGUGGAGAAUGUAAGAUACUGCAGAACGUAGCUUCCAUGUGCGUGUCCAGGAAAGGCAGAACAGCAGCUGUUCAGCCCAGAGAGGAUGAUAAAGGAACUUGGAACAGCUCCCAUUUACUCCAGGUGCAGGUCACAGCCUCCCACCGGGCCUUCUACACCAACCUCCGCUCUGCCAACAGCAGGUGGAGUUCCUGACUCCUGGCUCGAGUAUGUCCCUGUCCCACUGCAGACACAUCCAUGCACACGUACACAGACUGUGUCAUACCCUUGCUAGGGCUUGGCUGGCAGCAACAACAGGAUUUAGUUUCUGGGAGACUUGGUUGAACACAAGCUCAAGGUCGGGUGGCUUCCUGCUUGUGGAAGGGAAUAUUCUUUCUCUAGUCAUGCAAUGAGCUACGCUGCCCUACUAACAUGGGACAGUCAGGUGCGCUGUAGUUAAGCCUUUUUUGAGGAUGAGGACAAAGAAGUGAAAGAGUAAAACUACAACAGUAAUUUUUUAAAAUUGCUUCUUUCUGAAGGGUUUUGUGAAAAAGCAUAGGAAUGGUGGUCUUACAGUCUGAGGAGUGCUAUCAAGGAACUGACUGACGUUCCCACAGCUUCUGUCCUUGCUGUGGUUAAAUUUAACUCUCUUGGAAGAGAACAGAAGAAUUUAGGUUAGACGAGACCUCUGGAGGCUGUCUGGCCCAAGCCUUGUUGGUGGCACAACCAAUCUCAAAGCAAGGUCAGGCUGCUCGGGCUCUUGCCCAGUUGCAGUACAGAGACUUGACCCCCUCCGUGGGCAGCCCGUUCCAGUGUUCCCCCCCACUUCCUCGUGGGAAAUUUAGGUCAGUGUGGUACUAUUGCCUUCAGACCAGCAGCUUUACAUUUGGUUUAGGUUACCCAAAACAUAGUGCUUCCCCUGUGAGAUGCAAAUUUAAACGACUAGGCUCCUGCAAAUAAGUUUUGUUUAACUGGGAUUUCUGACGAAGGUCACCUGGAAGCUCUGUGUAGCAAUAUGCGACUACCUGGGCUUGAGCAAGAUGCCCCUCAGCAGUGGAUGCCAGUGCUAGUGCUGGCGAUGUACCAUGGCAUAACAUGCCAUCCCUCUACCCACCCACCUUCUGACCCGGUAGCUACACCGGUGUUGUUUGGCUGCGUGUUGCAUGGUUCUCUGCAAAGCCAUCUGUCUAGAGGCUGCAGUAUCAAAUGUUUCUGUAGGACUUUAACGUGCCUCAAAGAAGGGAAUUGAGAUGUGGCUUUAUCGAAACACGCCUCAAUUUAUUUUUCCUUCUCCCUCCACUCCUUAUGAAUAAGAAACAGGGACAGCUGAACUGAUUAGAAUUAGUUGCAUUCUAUUAAAUGGGAUUAGGAAUGGGUUAUUGCCAGAAGCCCUACGCCCCUGCAGAGGAGAAGAGGGCUAAAGAGGAAAAUCUGCUACAAAUGUUCCCUGGUGAUUUAGUGUGGUGGGACAAGCAGGCACAGCCCCAAACAGCCUGUGCUGAGUGAGGGCAGUGCCAGGCAAGAUGGAGCGUCCUGCGCGCCAGCUUUGCUAGGCAUUUGUUUUGACUAUGGCAGCCAGCAGAAAAAUCACAAAGAGCAAGCUAAAAGGUGCUCGAACACCUCCUGUGGCUUUGCCACAAAGGGAGUUACCGUCUCGGCUAGUUUGCCUAUUGUUACGAACUAAACCGAAGAUUUCUUGCCCAGCUUGUGUUGUGAGCCUUACUUUUAAAGGCAUAUAGUGUUCAGUUCAGAUCUUAUCUGGCUGGCUGUGAAUGAAAACGGGUCCUUCAGGCAGACCUAGACAUGCAAGUUAACUGUGCUGUCUUCUGUAAAGAGGAUUAUUAUGAACUUUCUGUAACCCGUUCUCCUAGAUAUCUUCUAUGGGGUUUUACACAAGAGGACAUGAAUAUUUCAGGUGUAAUCAUUGUACUUCAAGAUUAGGUAAUCUUUGAUAUCUAUUGAUACCUUCCCUAUCCCCAGGUGCAGGUUAAGGAUUUUACAUUCAUCUGUUCAGUGAAGACUCUUGCAGAACUGCAGGACAGCAAAUGACCUGCUUUGUACCUGCCUGUGAGCACUAAGAAAGGUUUGCUGCAGCUCACCUCCCUUCUGUUUGUUGUACAGCACGUCUGGUGGUGCUUCAGCUCCUGAUGGAAGAGCAAAACGUCAUCACAGAGGUCCCGGCAGCCCUAAAGCGCCUGGCCAAAUAUGUAGUGCGUGGUUUCUACGGUGUGGAGUACUCCCUGGCCCUAGAUGUACUGAUCCGCUACCCCUGUGUGAAAGAGGAUGACUUGUUACAGUUGCUCAAGUAUGAACAUAAACAACUGCGUAGUAUCCUGAACACGCUCAAGGCAGAAAAGUUUGUGAAGGUGCGUAUGAGAGUUGAAACAGGGCCUAAUGGGAAGAGCACAAGGCACAAUUACUAUUACAUCAAUUACAAGGUGCUGGUGGAUGUUGUAAAAUACAAACUGGAUCACAUACGCCGGAAAAUAGAAGCAGAUGAGCGGGAUUCGACUACCAGGUCCUCUUUUAAAUGUCCAUCUUGCUCCAGCACUUACACAGACCUUGAGGUUAAUCAGCUCUUUGAUGUAUUUACAGAGACCUUCCGCUGCACUUACUGCAAUACUGAAGUAGAGGAAGAUGCCUCAGCACUUCCUAAGCGUGAGGCUCAAACCUUGCUAGCAAAAUUCAAUGAGCAGCUUGAACCUAUCUUUGUGCUACUGCGUGAGACUGAAGAUAUUGUUCUGCCAUAUGACUUGCUGGAGCCUCAGCCAACAGAAAUACCAGAAUUAUCAGAAAGUUUUGAUGAUAAGGUGCGUUCAAGUGUGCUGGAAUCCUGCAACCAACCUGAAAAAUGGGCCAACAGAAGUUCCUCUUUUGGCAAUAUGUACACCCAAAACUUAGUUAUUGAUGUGCAGAACUCUGAGCCCAAGAAGAAAACAAGAGAAAAAGCAACUAAAGAGCAACCUAUCUGGAUGUCACAGAGCACCGUGGAAGGAGCAAUAACAGCCACCAACAAUAGUGUUGGAGUAAAUGCUUCUGAAGAAACUGGAGAAAGCGUUAGAGAAACUGUCAGCGAUAAUGAAAUCAUCAAGACUCUUCUGAUCCAUGAAUCCAAGUCAUCAUCUAGCACAGACCAGGCUCCUGUUGUCAAAAGCAAAGUGUCUGAAUCGGGCAGUGAUACUAGUGAGUCUGAAGAAGAUACCAAGCGCUCAAGAAGAGCAGGAAUGGAAGUAGCAGGCAGCAAUUUUAAACAAGAGGAGGAACAGGAAACACAAAGUCCUAUUUUAAUGGUAGCUGGUCAGCCUCAUUCCUAUGGUGAAGUUUGUGAAAAUCCAGAGCUUGUGUGUCUCAUGACAAAAGAAGAGAGAGAAGCUUAUAUAAAAAUAGGGCAAGAAAUGUUCCAAUUUGUCUUUGAAUAAAUACUACUAUAUGAAUACGCAGACUUGUAUAGAGUCAGUGAAGGCUUCUUUUGAAAUAAGAGAGCCUGAUAGUUUAACUUAUGUUCUUCGAGGUUUACCACUCCUGUUUGAACUCCUUGCUGUUAAGCAACAUAGUAAUCCUGUAGUAGGAAACAAUACGGGUUUUUUGUCUUAAUGCUUAGACUUUGUGAAUACUGUAAUCUGUUUUGGACUACGGAUAAUUUCAGGAUACAGCAGGAUCUGAUUAAAAUAAAGUUUCAAAAGCAA